UAUAUGAAUUCAGUCUCUAAUUGAAAAACCGUUACUUAAUGUAUUCUGAAAUUUGUUCUGUUUCUGAUGUAAGUUUCUUCAUCACCUUCAUGCAGGGAUUAAAUAAUAGAAAAAUCUCAACUUACUUAUGAUGGCUAUGGUAAGCCUCUAUUUUCAUUUCCGCCAUGGAUGGAACAAGAAUGCUUCUAUCAUCAAUUCUGGAACGAUUGCCAUUUGAGCUAAACCCAACCUUCUAUUUGUCUCUCUUUUUGUCCAUGAUCGCCAUCUUUGUGCUCAAACUCACAAGAACAAGAAGAGACAAAUUGAAUCUGCCUCCAUCCCCACCUAGGUUUCCAUUCAUCGGCAAUCUACAUCAGAUUGGCACUCUGCCUCAUCGUUCUCUCAAAGCUCUCUCACACAAGUAUGGCCCUCUCAUGCUUCUCCACUUGGGUCAAAAGCCAACUCUGGUGGUUUCUUCUGCACACAUGGCCAGAGAAAUAACAAAAUCCCAUGACGCUGUUUUCUCAGACAGGCCUCAAACCACAGCAGCUAAAAUCAUUCUCUAUGGAUGCAAGGACUUGGGUUUCUUACCCUACGGUGAAGAAUGGAGGCUCAAGAGGAAAAUCUGUGUUGUUGAACUUCUCAGCCCUAAAAGGGUUCAAUCCUUUCAGUUCGUUGUAAAGGAGGAAGUUGCAGAUAUGGUGAACAAGAUUUGGGAAGCAUGUGCAGAUCGUAAUGAUAAUAAUGGGUCUUGCGUGAAUAUGUCUGAUAUGAUUGUUGCAGCUUCAAACAACAUAGUUUGCAGAUGUCUUGUUGGACAGAAGUUCCAUUCAGCAGAUGGGAAAAGAAGCUUUGGAGACUUGGCGACACAAAUUAGUGCUCAAACUGUGGCAUUCAGUUUUGGGGACUUUUUCCCUUGGUUGAGAUGGAUUGAUGUUGUUACUGGAUUAAUUUCAAAGAUGAAUGCUACGUUUAGAGAAGUCGAUGCUUUCUUCGAUGAGGUGAUUGCCCAACAUAAGAAAGAACAUGGUGGCAAAUCGGAAAAGAAAGACUUCAUUGAUAUUCUUCACCAUCUUCAAGAACAUGGUCAGCUUGACAUGGAGCUUUCCCAAUUUGACCUUAAAGCAAUGAUAGUGGAUUUGUUCCUGGGAGGAAGUGACCCAACGGCAACAGCUCUGGAAUGGGCAUUUGCUGAGCUCAUGAGGAAUCCAGGAACAAUGAAGAAAGCCCAGGAAGAGGUAAGAAGAGUGGUGGGAAAUAAAUCAAAAGUGGAAGAAAAUGAUGUAAGACAGAUGAAGUAUUUGGGAUGUGUACUCAAAGAAACUUUAAGAUUACAUCCUCCUGUUCCUCUUUUGAUCCCAAGAGCAACAAGAUCGAGUGUGACACUGGGAGGAUACCAUGUUCCUGCAAAAACAAGUGUAUUUGUGAAUGCAUGGGCGAUUCAGAGGGACCCAGAAUUCUGGGAAAGACCAGAAGAGUUUGUUCCAGAGAGAUUUGAGAAUGGCCAGGUUGAUUUCAGAGGGCAAGACUUCGAAUUUAUUCCGUUCGGAAGCGGGAGAAGGGGAUGCCCAGGAGUUUCAUUUGGGUUUGCAUCACUUGAGUUUGCAUUGGCUAAUCUUCUGCAUUGGUUUGAUUGGAAGAUUCCUGAAACAUGUAAAUCUGGUCCAGACAUGGACAUGAGUGAGGCAUAUGGAAUUACUUGCAGAAAGAAAGUACCCAUUUGCGUUCAACCGAUGCUACACUCCGUUUGAUCUAAGUUUUGAACGUCCAGUUCAUGAUUUAUCUUUCCAGUAUGUGGUUUCAAUUAACAUUUUAAAUAAAAACUUCUUGUAAAUUGUGCUUGUAUUAAUGUUUUCAACUAGGUAUGCUCUGUUGAAGCUUGAAUUGCGGUUGGCAUUGAAUGUUGGAGUUCAUGUUUAAGGAUUGCAUAGUUGUAAAAAUGCUGUAUUUUUCAAA